UCUGAUCAUGUGGGAGUGACUGGGAGGUUGACUAUAAACUGACCAUGGAUGCAGGAGAACCCAUUCCCUUCGGUGUUGCAGUAUUUUGUGGCAGUGAGAGAUAAUGAGGGUGCGUAGCAAAGUAUAAAGAGGAACAGCAAGAACUCUAGAGAACUACACACAAAACCAAGGUAGAGAAGUUGCUCUUGGAGGAGAAGUGGGGAUCCAGUAUUUUUUCUCAUUUUAUUUCUGCUGCUGCCAUUCCCUUUAGUGGUCCAUUCUUCUACAGGACAACCAUUAUGAUGGAGAAAACUGCAUUGCUGCUCUUUUAUUGCCUCUUCAUGUCAAUAUCGGGAUCCCCGCUAUACCCGUCCAUCAGGUUUGGCCAGAGGGACACAUCCAUCCUGAUGACAUCUUCUGCCAAGAAUCCAGAGCAGAUAGAAAACACAAGUUCUGCCCAAGAGAGAACAGACUUGCGCUUGGGCCGCCAUGCUGAUGCCAUCUUUACAAAUAGCUACAGGAAAGUGUUGGGCCAAAUAUCUGCUAGGAAGUUUCUUCAGACCAUCAUGGGCAAACGUCUCGGAGACCAAAGUGCGAGCUAUAUGAAACGCCAGUCGGAUAUCUAUGAAGGAACGUACAAAGAAGAUCUGACGUCCAUUCAGAGCAAUCAGAGAUACAGAGGACUUGAUGAAAUGCCAUGAGGCUCAGACUGCAGAGAGGAGAGGACACAGAUACAAACUGGAAGAAGCAUGUAUGAAGAACCAUUUUUGAUUUGUGGUGUGCCCUGAGACUUUUCUACUUUGCUCAAUAAAGGUUGCCAAACACCUGUUCUGGAACACU